AUAAACAUGCUUUUACAUUGAUAGGUACUCAUAUUGUUCUGAAAAUAUUUGCCUCGAUGUUAAUUUUAUUCAUUUUCUAAACUCUGCGAAUUAUUUAAAUUUGACCCUAAAUCAUUGCUUGAGUGGUUUUCGUCAGUGUUCUUCAUUAAGCUAAACCUAAACGCGCAUACAUCUGUUUACCCGAUUCAUGAGAACUGUAUAUGUAAUUGGAACGUUGCCAGUACGUUGGAAAUCAGAUACUCCGAAAAUAAAACCAAAGUUUAUUUGCCUCUGUCAGUAUAAAUAGAUCGAGAGACUCUGUGCGCGUUAACGAUGUGUUAUAUUAAUUUGUAAAAUAAUUCGAAUUUUUUCUUAUUGUAUACGAUCGAAGUGUUACGAUGGCGCAAGUUAUACCAGAUUCGGUUAAAAAAUGCUUAGCCAUAUUGAAAGGAGCCAAAAGCGAUACGGAAAAAUUCGCCGGACUUUUCAUGGUUACGAAACUGGUCAAAGGUAAAGACUGCACCUCUCAUAAUAAAAAGUUACUUUUCGAAGCUAUCGGAUUCCCAUUCUUGAAACGUUUACUACUCAGUCCCGAUGUGCCGGCUGAUUGUCCGCCUCAGAUUUACAAAUCUGUCGCUAUGUCCGUUCUGUCGGCGUUCUGCCACGAGGAAGAGAUCGCAACGCAUCCGCAAAUUUUGACCAAUAUCGGCGUAUUCUUGGAUAUCGUUCAACAAGCCGAUGCCGAUGAUUACGAAGAUGACCUUAUCAUCAUUAACGAAGCGUAUGAGUGUUUGCAGAAUAUCGCUUUACACGAUGCCGGUCAGAAAGCUUUAUUCGAAUGCGGAGCUGUACUCAAAAUGUCCGCUAUUUAUUCGCAACAAAGUUUCCAAACCGAUGAAGCUCUAAAUGUCCUAGUCGCAUUGGUCGGACGAUUCGGCUCGGCUGCUUGGGCCGAUGAUAUUAACGCCUUUAACGCUCUCAUUAAUGUGCUUUCGCUGGAUUUCGAAACAGAUCAAUCCGAAAGGAAGUUCAAAUUAGCCGACGUUCUGUGGGCGCUAAUUUUCAACGGUCCUAAAGACUUGAUCAACGAUAAUGUCAACAACGAGAGCUGGCCCAAUAGCAUUCUGAAAGGAUUGACCGAUAUAUUAACGAGCAAAAUUGUAAAGAAACAACGCGAUCCUGCUUUGAAACUCGCUUCCCAAGCUGUCGCCACGUUAGGCCCGGAAUGGGCCCUCACAGAUACCGACAAACCGAAACAAUUCUUCUUGCUGUUGGUUCACUUGGCAGCUGUCGAAGUCCGAAUGCAGCUGGAAGAUAAGAAUUUCAACCACGUGCUCGAGAACGGCGAGCUAGUAGUCGCCUGCUUCACCAUUUUAGAAAUAUGCGUCUCGUUUAUCGCUCAAGAUACCUUGGAAUUGGAUCAGAAAGAAAGGCAACACAUUUACACAGCUCUUAAAGGCGCUUUUUCCGCCGUAAUCACAACAUUAAUCGAUUUAUCGAAAAAGAAAAUCGAAUUGAAAGCCGAUAGUAAGCUUUUAGUCUACGGAAUGAUACGAGCUCUUGCUGCUUGGUUAGCUCAGGAAACUGGAGCGAUGCGAGAAGCUGUCUACUCGCUUUUGCCUUACUUAUUGAAAGUAUCCAACGAAUCGUUCUACAAUUUCCGAACUCAGUACGUUUCCGAUAAAGUCAAAGAAGCCAAACACGAAGCGAACGGAUCGACCGAAGAAAUCGAUCCGUCCAGUCAAGUCGAUCUAUUACGUUUAUUACUGCCAGCCUUGUGUCACUUGACCGUCGAAGACAAAGCUCGACAAAUUUUGCUGAAAGAAAAUCAACCGGACGUAUUACACGAAUGUUUCGCCUUCCAUUGGUCCAUCGUUCAUUAUAAAAAACCGCCUGUACCGAAAUCCGAACGUAAUAAAGUCAAAGGACCCGAACCCGAAUUACCCCAAAAGCUCUUAGAUCAAAUGGUCGACUCUCGAGCAGCUAUGAUCAGCUUGUGUAACAUCUUCAUGAACAUUACCGUAUUAGAAUCGAAACUAGUCGAAGAAAACAUGCUGUUCGCAUCGUUGACCAAGUUCGUUUUCAAUAAUCUACCAGAGUUGAAAAAUAUCCCCGAUAAUCUGGUGCUUCACGGUAACAUGGCCGUACUCGGACUAUUACUUUUGAAACAACAAGCGAAACGCGUGAAAAAAGACGAUUUUUCUAUUUGUCGGUAUAUCCAGUCGACCAUCAGAUUCCUCUGGGAUGCUUACAGCGUCGAGGAAUCCAACGACGCGUCCUCGUUGGUUGUUUCGAUGGCUUACAAAAAGAACUGGAUGGAGUUAAUGGAGCUUUGGUUCUUGGGUAUGCAAACGUUAAGCUCUAUUUUACCCAUGUUACCUUGGAUUUCUGAAUUCGCUGUCGAGAGUGGAUGGGUCGAAGGUGUGGUAGAGAUGUUGAAACAAGUCAAAGUUGGAUCUCUGCCGGCGAAUACCAAGUGUGCAUACGAAGAUUUCCUCUGUCAUUUGGUCGAAGCGAAUAAAGACGUUAUUAAAGUGUUGAAAGAUCAUAAUACUUUGACUAUGUGUCGUACCCACCGAUUCAUGGAAUUAGGCAAAAGAAUCGCGCAUUCGUAAACCGUACACUAGAUCGUUUUAUACUGAUAUUUGUACUAAUAAUUUAUCAUUCAUACUAGAUACGAUGAUAUUAUUUUUUCAACGUUCGUUGUUUGAAUUGUUUUUUUUUUUUUUUUUUUUUUGUAUUUACUUCGUAUAACAGUUUUGAGAAAUCGUGCCUAAUUUUGUGCAUUUAAUUUUAUAUUCUAUCAAGUGUUUUUUUUAAAAAUCAGUUUUCUAUAUAUUUUAUGUUAUUACAUACUUAGAGAUAAAUAGUAUUCGAAAGGCUAUCGUUUUCAAGUAUAGAAAACCGACUUAAUGUUUUGAGAAUUGCUUAACGGUUUCAAACUAAUUUAAUUUUUUGAAAAAGUUUCUCGAACUUCUGGUAGCCUACAUGUAUUUUCUUGUUUGUUCCUUUUCAUGUUGGUUUUUUUGUUUCGAAGUUCAUUUGAAUAAACUUACUGUUCCGCAUGAUGCGGUAUU